UCUGUGUGGAUUUAGAUAAAAAUAGCUAUAGGUCUAAAUAAAUUAGAUAAAGCUAGAACCUUCUUCCCUGCUUAUAAUAUGAUGAAACGGACGGAGGGAGUAGUUUACUGUGUGUAUCUCACACACCAGCAACUACAUAUAAAUGAAUUAACAUCCAUGGAUUUGCACGAACUGCAUCAGCUCGCAGAGUCUCAGGCUAAAACAGACAGAGAGAAUCGAGAAUGUGCACAGUGGUGACCAAGUCGCCGCCGGAGAUCGUCCGGCCAUCGGAGCCGGUGACGACGACGGCGGCGACCAGCAAGGUCAUCUUCUCACCCUUGGACAGGCCUCUCGCCAUCGUACCGAUCGUAGUGUUGCAGGUGUUCGAGCAUCCGAUCCACGAGCCCGUGGAGACCAUAAGGAGGGGGCUCUCCCGAGCACUGGUCCACUACUACCCUCUCGCCGGCCGCCUCGCCGGCGACGACUACGACGACGUGCACAUCGACUGCACCGGCGAAGGCGUGACCUUCGUUGCCGCAAACGCCGACUGCACCGUCAAGGAGCUCGUCCGCGACAUCGACUGCCGGUCACCCGACGCCGCGAAGGCGGUUAUACGGGAGCUCAUCGUCGACUACCCGGCGAAUGGCUUCGGCCGCGCCGACCCUCUCGUCCUAAUGCAGGUCACCGCCUUCGCCUGCGGUGGCUUCGUCGUCGGCGUGACGUGGAACCACGGCGCGGCCGAUGGUUUCGGGAUCGCGCAGUUUCUCCAAGCCGUCGGUGAGCUCGCCCGCGGGCUACCGACGCCGGCCGUUACGCCGGUGAGGUGGGACGGGUGGGCGCAGGCGGUGGCCCCUUCCACGGUCAUGGCGUCCAAGCGGUUCAUGUUCGGCGUCAAGGCGCCGACGAGGCUCGCCCUGCACAGCAUCACCAUCCCGGCGAGGACGAUCGACGGCGUCCGAGGUGCCACGGCGUGCACGAUGUUCGAGGCGGUGGCGGCGGCGCUGUGGCGGUGCCGCACCCGCGUGGUGAUGUCCGACCCCGACGCCCCCACCGUGCUCGCCAUCACGGUGAACUCUCGCAAGCACGUCGGCGUCAAGGACGGGUACUACGGCAACUGCGCCACCGUGCACAUGGCGGUGGCGAGGAGCGGCGCGGUGGCGGGCGGCGACAUGACGGAGGCGGUGAGGGCGAUACGGCGCGCCAAGGAGGAGAUACCGGAGAGGUUGAAGAAGGGGGACGUGAUCGGCGAGCUGAGCAAGGAGCAGCUGGGUGGGUACGAGAGCGUGCUGCUGGUGACGUGCUGGAGGAAUAUCGGGUUCGAGGCGGUGGACUACGGCGGCGGGAGGACGGCGAGGGUGAUGACGACGUACGAGCAGGGCCGGGUGCGGCCGAUGUGCGUGGUGUGUUUGCCAUGGCAAGGGGAGGAAGAGGAAGGAGCCCGGGUGCUGUCCGGCUGUGUCACGCCUCACCAUGCCGACGCAUUUCUCCGUGAAAUAGCUACGCUCUGAUCUGCACAUAAAUGAUACACUCUUAUAAGUCGUUUUACUUUUUUCCUUGACCAAGUUUAACCAAAUUUAUAAAAAAAUAUAUUAAU